GAGAAAGGAGAGGAGAGAGAGAGAACACGCACUAGACUACACAUACAAAUCGUGUAUGGCUUCUCCUCCACCACCACCACCAUUUUCCUCGAAUGGUCUCUUUCUUCACGGAUUCCCCCAACUCUCCAUACCCUAAAUCACACACAGAUAAACCUACCUAUUAAGCUCAACAGCUAAGAAUCCCUCUCCCACAAUUAUUUUUGCGUUCUCAUCUCCAUACUUUCCUAAUUCUAUUUCUUCUCCUUAGAUCUUUGUUUGCAGAACCCUAAAUCACUAUUUCCCACCGAAAUCUGCGGUUUCGCGAUUGAAUUGCCUGCGGAGAAUUGUAAAUUGUUGCUGGAAAUGGGUUCGAUUAGGGCAGAUCUGGGCAGAAAAAUCCACCCGGAGCCAAUCGACCACUUCGACCGGCUGCCGGACUCCCUCAUCCUCUUGAUCUUCAAUCAAAUCGGCGAUGUCAAGGCCUUAGGCAGAUGCUGCGUCGUUUCGAAGAGAUUCCACUCGCUCGUUCCCCAAGUCGACAACGUCAUAGUCCGGGUCGACUGCGUCAUCUCCGACGACGACCCCUCCGCCACCUCUUCUUCAUCCUCGGCCACUUCCGCCGCCUCCGACAAGUUGCGCCACCCUAUCUCCUCCCUCUUCCGGUUCGUCUUCUCCGGAUUAUUCAAACCCUUGCAAUCGCUCUCUCAGCUCAUCGUUCCUUCAACCCGUCGCCUGCCUCUAUCUGAGGAUUUCGACGGUGAAACUGAGCAGAAUACCGUCACCCACCACUCACCCACUCAAGUAUUGAAGAAUUUUAACGAAAUCAAGCUCCUCAGAAUAGAACUUCCCAGUGGAGAGCUAGGGAUUGACGACGGUGUUUUGCUCAAGUGGAAGGCUGAUUUCGGCUCUACCCUUGAUAAUUGUGUUAUUCUCGGAGCAUCCAGUGUUGUCCAGAACAUGAACAGUAACUUAAGUUCUUCAGGCACUUGUCAAAAUAUCGAUAAUGUCGGUAAUAAUAACGGAGUUGAGAAUGAUAAUGGCAGCAUACCAGAGUCGUUUUACACGAAUGGAGGCUUGAAGUUGCGAGUUGUGUGGACUAUUAGCUCACUCAUUGCAGCCUCAGCUAGGCAUUAUCUGCUGCAGCCUAUAAUAGCAGAGCAUAAGACGCUUGAGAGCUUGGUAUUGACGGAUUCAGAUGGGCAAGGGGUGUUGUCUAUGAAUAAGGAGCAAUUGGAGGAGCUGAGAGUGAAGCCUUUAUCUGCAUCAUCAGCAUCUAAAAGGACUCUUGUUCCUGCUCUGAACAUGCGGUUAUGGUAUGCGCCGCAUCUUGAGUUGCCCAAUGGGUUGGUGUUGAAGGGGGCAACUUUGGUUGCAAUCAGGCCCAGUGAGCAGCCGAAGAAGGAGGUUGUGGGUUCGGAAGGGAAUUGGGUUGCAUCCGCAUUUGAGGAGCCAUUCGGGACUGCUGCUAGGAUGUUGGUGAAGAGGAGAACAUAUUGCCUGGAAAUGAACUCUUUCUGAGAUGGGGUUUGUCCAAGGAUGAACGGUUGCAUGUUUGAGGGAAAGUCCACCUUUUCAAGAACAGUCUAAAAUAAUCUGGAGAAGCGCAGAGAAUACACAAGUUUUGUGGUGAGCAAAGCAAGCUACGAGUGCAUGUCUGCACAAGGUUAUGUCCCUUCGAGUUAUGACUGCAAAAAUUUGUCUGCAUUCUGCCUUGAUUUUGAACUCAUGCAUAUGAAACUGGAUUAUAUUGUAAGAAAAUUAUGAUCCUAUGUCUUUUUCAGUCAUAUGCCUAUGUUAGUUUUCUAUCUGUGAAUAUUGUAGGUAUAUGAGGAUUCUAUGCUUGUGUCCUCUUAUGGAAAAUGUACCGUGAAUCUUUGCAUUAGCUGAUUUACUGCCGUAAUAAAUGUGAUCUUCAUCUUGUAUUUGGUGCCACAA